AUGCCGCAACAACAGCCUGCCAAUAGCCUAGUCAAGGCUCAACCCCCUAAACCCACACCAAAAGUCGCCCCAAAGCACACACCAUUCGACAUCGACAACUACCUCAAUCCUUUCAUUCCUCGCAACCCCCUGCGAUUCUUACCUUCCUGGGUCUCAUACUGGUUCGGCUAUCGCUCUCCAUCAUCUGCUGAUGCACAUCACCCCUGCCUCUGUAUCCUUCCCCACCAAUACCUUGAAUUCUUCUUCCAUCCUCCCGAGUGGUUCUACAUCUAUCACGUCCACACCUUUCUUCUCUACCUCUCGAUCUUGAUUGGCGCGUUCUGCGGCGUCGCCAUCAUCGAAAAUGUCUUCCUCGCCUUGCCCCAGUUAUCCGGCCACACGGUGCCCAUAGUGAUCGCGUCCUUCGGCGCGGCGGCUAUCCUGGAGUACAACACCAUUGAGUCGCCCCUGGCUCAGCCGAGGAACCUGGUUUUCGGACACUUCUUGUCCGCCCUCGUCGGGGUGGGCAUCACCAAGCUAUUCUUGUUGCUGCCACCAGACCAGUUUGAGGAUCUGAGAUGGCUCGCUGGCGCGCUCGCGGUCGGCUGUGCAUCCAUCGUCAUGAGCUUCACAAAGACCAUUCACCCGCCCGCCGGCGCGACCGCGCUGCUGGCGGCGACCAACGUGGAGAUCCAAGAUCUGGGAUGGUGGCUGUUGCCCCUUGUCCUGCUGGCGGCCAUGUUGAUGUUGGCCAGUGCGCUGGUCGUGAACAAUCUCUCGGGAAGACGCUAUCCGGUGUACUGGUGGACGCCGGUGGAUCUGAAGCACCUCAAGGAGGAGAGGAGGAAGGCGAGGUUGGCGAGGAAGCUGGAGCAGGGAAAGAUCGAGGGAGAUGUCGAGAAGGGCGCCGAACUCGAGCCGUCGACUGCAAAGGAGGACGUCGAGGACCUUUCGGAUACCACGACCGAGGCAGGCGGACUCGACAACGACGGACUUGCUCACCACACAUCUUUGCCAGAAAGAAUGACCAUGAUCAGUCGAGCCGUGACCUUUUCCUCGAUCGACCGGGUUCCCAGACCGAUCGCGGCCGCCGAGAAACAACGAUCCAAGUCGUCAAGCAAGAAAUCCAAACAAUCGCAAGAGCAAGAUCUUGGCGAGGAGGUCGUCGAGGGCGAAAGCAUCCUCAUCUCGAGAAACCGCAUGAUCGUGCCCGAGUGGCUCGAUCUGAGCGAUUGGGAGGACGAAGUGCUCCGGAUCCUGAUGGUGCGGAUGCAGGAGCACUCGCCUUCUUCGGACCAAAAUUGA